CAGAAACAGCGACGGACACAGGAAGUGUUGCGUCGAUUCGGUGUCGAGGAAAACAACAGUCUCAUUAACUGUUCGGUGGCAGCACUGUGAGAGCUUUCAGCAGGAGAACAUGCCGAAGGUGGUGUCCAGGAGCGUGGUGUGCUCCGACACCAGGGACCGGGAGGAGUAUGAUGACGGAGAGAAGCCGCUCCACGUCUACUACUGUCUCUGCGGCCAGAUGGUCCUGGUGCUGGACUGCCAGCUGGAGAAGCUCCCUAUGAGGCCCCGGGACCGGGCCCGGGUCAUCGACGCGGCCAAACACGCUCAUAAGUUCUGCAACGUGGAGCAGGACGAGACCACGUACCUGAAGAGGCCGGAGGGCGUGGAGCGGCAGCACCGCAAGAAGUGCGGGAAGUGCGGCCUACUGCUGUUCUACCAGCACCAGGCCAAGAACCACCCGGCCACCUUCAUCGUGGACGGAGCCGUCGUCAAGUUCGGACAGGGCUUCGGCAACACCAGCGUGUACAGCCAGAAACAGCCCGAGGCUCCCAAGAAGGUCCGGGUGAUGAUGACCAAGAGGACCAAAGACAUGGGCAAGUUCAGCUCCGUCACCGUGUCCACCAUCGACGAGGAGGAGGAGGAGAUCGAGGCCCGGGAAGUCGCGGAUUCAUACGCUCAAAACGCCAAAGUGAUCGAGAAGCAGCUGGAGAGGAAAGGCAUGAGCAAGAGGAGGCUGCAGGAGCUGGCCGAGCUGGAGGCCAAGAAGGCCAAGAUGAAGGGAACCCUUAUCGAUAAUCAGUUCAAGUAGAGGAUCGAUGAGGGACACAGAGAUCCUCAUCACUGUCAGCCUCCUGCCAGAACAGACAGCCUCCAGGACACAGAGACAAUAUCUGGAUGUGUUUUAGAUGUUCUGGUUAGUACAGGACUGAGGCGUUGUGUAUGUGUUGCAUAUCAAGAUUGUCAUCUUGGGGUGCUUUUGAAAACCGUUUGCUUUUUAAAUAAUGUUAUUUUCUAGAAAAAUUAAAAGACCAAAUUAA